GAUACAUCAACAAACAACCACCAAGAUGCGCUACAACUAUCACUCCUGAGCCGCAUUCUUCUCUCGACCCUUUUCGAGUCUUUCACUUCACAUUCUAACGUCACUCCUUUUAUUCCACCGGCCCAUAUCUGCGCAAUCUAUUUGGUCUCAAUGCCCACCGUCCUUGCCGCAACCUUCGACUCGCACUGCUGCGCAUAAACCAGCCAACCCCACUAUUCACUACUCAGCACGGCUUGCGCGGCCUCAACAGUGCUCAUACCUACCUAGGUGAAUCGUAUGCGAACGUCGUCGAACGAGCCCACGGUCGAACGAGCCCAUCACGAUAUUCAUAAGCCAUUUUCACCAUUUAUUACAUUCUCCCUCCGGAUUCCGACGAGAGUACAUGCAUUGCACAUCGCUCGACGCCUUCCCCUGAGAACAUCACCACGAAACAUCUAACGUUAGUUUGAAGGAGAGGAAUCAUGGCGUCGAAAGCCAUGUUUGGAGGCAACCAUACGGCAGGCAUAUUCUCUGAUAUGACUGUCGAUGGACCCACAAUAGGAACAUUGGUCGCUAUCAUCGACCGGGCGAAGAACUUGCCUAACCGAAGGACAAUGGGGAAACAGGAUCCCUACUGUGCUGCACGACUAGGCAAGGAGGCCAAGAAGACCACUACAGAUAAAAGAGGAGGGCAAACACCCAGGUGGGACCAAGAAAUGCGAUUCACCGUACACGAUUCCCCGGACUACCACCAGCUCAAGGUGUCCGUAUUCAAUGACGAUAAGAAGACCGAGUUGAUUGGCGAGACAUGGGUCAGUCUUGAUGGGGUUUUGACACAGGGCGGCGGUCAGAGUGACUCCUGGCAUGGUCUUAAUUGCAAGGGCAAAUAUGCAGGCGAGAUCCGCAUCGAACUCACCUUCUACGACACCCGUCCUAAAGCGGAGAAGCCCGUAGUCGAGAGAAGGAGAGAGAGCACACGUCCAGACGGACCGAGUCCUGCAGUCGGUGGACCUCGAGACAGGGAACACACGCCCGUCAAACGAAGACCUUUACCCUCGGACCCGACCGCUGCAUCGCCGUCUCCAGUCAACACGCCAGAGCACCGCGGUCUUUCAAGUCAACAGAGCGGACCUCGCCCUAUGCAACCUCGACAGGCUGAGCACACACCCACACAUCAACGGCGAAGCCAUCAUCAUGACAGUCAGCCUCAGCGGCGGCCAGUUCCAGAUGCAUCGCCCUUGGCAGGUGGUGCACCGAUGUCGAGUCACAACACCCCUCAGCAUCGAAUUACACCUACGGCCCAGCAGCCUGCGUCUAGUUCAAAUACGCCACAAUAUUCACAGGAAGGGUUCGAUAUGUCGUAUACUGCACCGAAGCCAUACGAAGUCCAACCAAUUGAGCCAGCGCCUCAUAACCCUCAGUCAUUCGAGAACCGGCCUUCGUCGCAUCACGACCUGCGCUCCUCUCGUGGCUUCUCCCGAAGUCAAGUGGAAUUACCACAUUCCCACUCGGCCCCCAUCGUGCCUACACAGCAUGCCUACGAGCCAGUGUACGAACCUACCUACGAAAAUACUUAUGAACCUGAACCUUCUCCUCCAGCGGGCCAAUUCUCGAAUUCCUAUAGCGAGCGAUCCCCUCUUCACGAACAACGCUACAUUGAAGAUUCGAUGCAAAUGCAGACCACGCGUCAGGAUCCAUCUUUCCAAGUGCAGCCCCUCAGGACAAGUCGAAGUCAUGAUCUUAGUUCAUCUUACGAUCUUCAGCAGCCAUCUAAUGAUUACGACGACCAUCACAACACGUAUGAUCCCUAUUCUGGACACGGUCGAUCCCUCAACAUGAUGCAGCCCACUGUCCAGGACGAAGACGAAGUUCCUCCGCCACCCCCAGUGCACAGGAGUAAUGCAGCUACAGUGCCGCAGCCGGCUUCCCCACCCGCUUACCACAACGAUGCCCCUGCACCACUCAACAUCAACCGGUACCGUGAAGAAGCACCGCAGCAAUCAUAUGAAUCACAGCAAUCAUACGAAUCAUAUGAUUCUCCUGCCCAGCCAUAUGAAGCGAAUGAGUAUGCCCUCGUCCCGCACUCAGACCGUCGCUACACGCAUCCAAGACCCGUAGCUCAACCCGUGAGUCGUCCGGUCUCGCGCGAUGCAAUGGUUCCGUCUCCUCUCCGUCAAGAAACCUCUGCACUCCCUUCUAGCUUGGUCCCCGGCUAUGACUCUACUCGUGACGAUAGUCAAGCUCUCGUAUGGACGGGUAACAGCGAGUCGAGAGCUUACCAGCAGCAACAGUUGCCGGCGUACGAGACUCCACCAAGGCUACGACAAUACUCAGAGCCAGACUAUCGCACACCUCCGCAGUACGAGACUCCAUCACGUCCUCAAGGUUUAGAGCAUCAUCACUCAAUGGCGUCCACCGAUGCGCUGGAGUACUAUCCCCACCCCCCACCACAGGAACCACGCCAUACUUCGCCAGUACACGACCCUCCUCCGCUUAUCAAGCCAAGGGCUGUGAGCCCUGGCGAUACCCGUGGCUAUGCGGAUAGUCGAACUUCUAGAGCUCCCGCGCGUAGUAUGCCAACGCGUAAAUCUGUCUCGCCACGUCCACCACCAACCACGACUGAUUCUGGAGAGCGAAGACUCUCGGGCGUACCAUUCAACCCAGACAGCUUCGACAUACUCAACCCAGCCGCUGCCAAGACGAGUCCCGCGCCUAAUUCGAGCGGCGGAGUGAAUCGGCGAGGCAGCAACAUCGAUAUCAAUGAGAAGGGCCAAGUAGUGACCUUCAGUGGACGUGUGAUUGAUGCAUCGGAUCAUUUGCCUCUCGACAGUUGGGCACCAGAACCCGAGCCUAAGGGGCCGCAAAAGGAAAGGCCAUCAAGGGACCGACCGACGCUGAACGGGGCGCGAGAUAUUGAGGGAGCAAUGAUGCGAGAGCGCGACUAUCGAAGAGACCGUGUUGAAAGGGAACGAAUCAGGAAUGCUGUCAAUGAUGCUGCCGCGAGCGAAACGCCUGCCAUUAGCAAUGCGCUGACGACCUACCGAGGGCACUCCUACAGCAACAGCAACAGCAAUAAUCAUACCCCGACACACUCAAACGCGCUCGUCCUCUCCGACCACAGCUCGACCCCACCCGGCUCAGGCGGACGAAACAGACUGCAAAAACGCAGUCCCCGACCCGUAUCCAACUACGGCCCGAUGGACUCGUCGCCCUCCAACAUCCCCAUGCCGAGCUCCCACGUCCUGCGCGAGCGGGAGAACCCACGCGGCUACGGCAGCAGCCCCAACUACGGCGGAGGCAACAGGCACUCGAUCGCGGCGCCCCCCAUCCCCGCAAAGAUACCCCUGGACGGAGGCAUGCAGAACGAAGACAUGAGCGCCCUGAGCCUCGAACUACAAUCCAUCGACAUCGGACCUGGCAGCGGCGGACGAUCACGUGGCAACGCCGCCAGGCCAAGGUACGCAGGGUAUUAACGAGAUGAUUUUUCUUUGUUCCUUUCUUCCCAUCUUUCUUUCUUUCUUUCAGGAAAUACGUUCUUAAAAGACGCCCGAUUUUAUGCCAUAGGGACAUGGGUGGAUAUCCGGGGCGCAAUUGUAUGAAUACACGGAUGGACGGCACCGGUUUCGGAAAUCGGUACGGAUUGGAUGGUUAAAGGAUGGCGUUUUGAGCUGCUACUGGGAGGCAACCAACGCCCUUACAACAAUGAUUCAGUGAGGUGUGGCAUUAGGGUAACUUUACAUCAACAUUACAUCAAAGUAUGUUUUUCUGCACGGCGGCGACCUGCAACAACAACAACACGCACACCCACACCCACACCCACCGAGAUAGAGAGAGAGCAAUCCAACUCAAUG